AUGGAGCUCAACGUCGACAGCGCAAAGCAGCUGCUUGCUGAACACGAGCAAGAGUUGCAAUCCGCUCACGAUGCUCACUCGAUCUUGCUCGCCUCCCAACCCAUCACUGCUGCUACAACGCAUCCCAACGCCACCGCUUCCAAUGCUGCUCGUGCUGUUCCCGUUGUUGCGCCAUCCAGCGUUCCUACGCCCACCGCUGCUUCCACCCCGUUCAUCUCAACUCAACCUCCCGCUCCUGCCCAGACAGGCCGCAUGCAGCUCAUCGACGAACAACAAAAGUUCAACAGCGCCGACUUCUCGCCUCAUCUCGAGAAUUGGGGUCUCGCCGACGCUGGUUUCGGCUACGACCUCUGCGCGGUGCUUGGUUCUCAAUCUACCGGCAAAUCCACGCUGCUCAACAAACUGUUUGGCACCAACUUUGACGUCAUGAGUGAAUCCGCGCGUCAGCAGACCACAAAGGGCAUUUGGAUGUGUAAAGGCCUCAAGAUGAACGUGCUCGUCAUGGACGUCGAGGGCACCGACGGGCGCGAACGCGGUGAGGACCAGGACUUUGAGCGCAAAUCCGCGCUCUUCUCCAUGGCAUCUGCCGAGGUGCUCAUCGUCAAUCUGUGGGAGCAUCAGGUGGGUCUCUACCAGGGUGCCAACAUGGGUCUGCUCAAGACCGUCUUUGAAGUCAACCUUGGUCUCUUUCAGGCUAGCAGAGCCAAGACGGCCGGUGCCAAGGACAAAACGUUGCUGCUCUUUGUCAUUCGUGAUCACAUUGGCGUCACCCCCCUCGAAAAUCUAUCCGCCACCAUCAUGGCUGACCUCACCAAGAUCUGGCACUCGCUCUCAAAACCCCAAGGCCUCGAGUUGUCCAAGAUUACCGACUUUUUCGACUUCAUGUUUACCACUUUACCCCACAAGAUUCUGCAACCCGCCGAAUUCGACAAGGCGGUGGAUGUGCUGAGGAAUCGCUUUGUCAACCCCAAGGAUCCCAACUUUGUCUUCAAGACAGAAUACCACAAGCGCAUCCCUGCGGAUGGACUUGCGCACUACCUCGAGUCCAUCUGGGAGCAAGUCAUGACGAACAAGGACCUGGAUCUGCCUACGCAGCAGGAGCUUCUUGCUCAGUUUCGAUGCGACGAGAUCGCCAAUGUCGCAUUCGCUCACUUUGCUACCAGUAUCAAGGAUUUCCGAAAGCACAUUGAAGGCGGAUCGGUGGUGGAAAGUCUGGGCGCCGAUAUGGCGCUGCACCGCUCCACAGCGCUGUCCAAGUUUGACCGUGAUGCCAGCAGAUACCACCAAGAAGUGUACAAGCGCAAACGAAUCGAUCUGCUCGACAAACUCAACGGCUCGCUCUCUCCGUUUUUCCUGGGCCAGCUCAAGAACCUCCACCGCUUGAUGCUUCAGUCGUUCAAGCAGGCUGUGCUGGAUCGCAUGCGUACCGAGCCUAACUACGACUUUGGCGAGGUGGUCAGCAGCGAGAAGCGCACCGCCUUGGCCAAGUUCAGUGCGGCAGCCCAAGCGGUGCUGCUGACGGACACGGAUUGGACGAUCGACGACGAGGUGGUUGAGCUGGAUGUCGAGAUCCAGAGCAUCUCGGACACGAUGCGAGUCGAAGAGACCAAGAAGAUGGUAGCGCAGAUCGAGCGCACGUUCAACAAGAACAUUGGCGAGCCGGUCGAGCUGGCACUCAAGUCUGCCAAGCGCUCCAUGUGGGACGAGGUGCUGAUCAGCUUCUCGACGCUCUUGGAGCAGGCCGAGGCGACGUAUGUGCGCAAGGCGACGAGCUUCAAUUGCACGGACGACGAGAAUGAGCACGCCUUGUUGGCGUUGCGACGCAAGAGUUGGAUGAGCAUGCGCGCCAAGGUGGACGAGCAGACGGCGGAUAGUGUGAUUGCGGCCAAGCUUCGGAACAGUUUCGAGGAUGGAUUCAGGUACGACGACGCGGGCGUGCCGAGGGUGUGGAAGCCCGAGGACGACAUGGACGGUGCGUUCAGGAAGGCGCGCGACGAGACGUUGGAGUUGAUUGCGCUGUAUGCGAAAAUCCAAGCUGUCGACACGACAUUGAUGCGGGAGCUGCGGUCCAAAUUCGAGGAUGCAGAACCGGUUGGAUUGGUGGUUGAAGACGAAGCGUUUGACUGGCAUGCUACGCUGAGCGUGCUGAGCGAAACACGCAAGAACGACAUUGGCAUGCGUUUUCGCAAGGAAGCUGACGCCAUGUACGUCGAAGCAAAACGCGCCACUGUCAGUUCGAUCGCUCAGGUGCCGCUCUGGAUGUACGGCGUCAUGCUCGUGCUUGGAUGGAACGAGCUGAUGGCGAUUCUAUCGAGUCCUGUCUACUUUGCCUUCCUUCUGGUCCUCAUCGCCAGUGCUUACAUUGUCUGGAGACUGAACCUCUCAGGUCCGCUCAUCAGCGUCCUCCGCGCAGUGGCCAACGAAGUACACAGACUGGCUGAUGCUCAGUUGAGGACUCACUUCAGCCAACCGCUCCGCGAACCGCGUCCGCCCGCCGAGUCUCGUCCAGCCGAACAGAUCGAGUUGGAGCCAAACUAG